AUGCACCAUUUACAACUAGUACAUAUUAAGGGUUGUGAUGACCUUACAAGUGUGUUUCCGGCAUUAGUAGCCAAAGAUGUUGUGAAACUUGAUGAACUAGUUGUGAAAGAGUGUGAGGGAUUGAUGACAACUGUUGCAGAGAAUAAUAAUACACAUGGAGAACUUACGUUGCCCUGUCCCUGUUAUAUUAAAGAAUUGAAUAUAAUACUUUUCCUAUCUGUGGAUUUCUUUUUCGUAGCCUACACCCAACUGGCACUGCCUGGCACUGGGUCAAAGUGGAGUGGAUAUGAUUUGGCGUGGAGAAUUUCAGAGAAACCUCUUACACAACUUGAAACUUCUUACUCUCUGCUGUUGGAAUACGAAAUUCUACAGCAUGUGCCCAAUAUAGAGAAGCUUGUGGUGUGUGAUGGUUCCUUCAAGGAGAUCUUCUUUGGAAGUCCUAGUAAUGUAGAUUACAGUGGACUCUUAACACAGUUCAAAGUAUUACACUUGGAGUCCCUUAGAGAGUUGGUUUCUGUUGGGUUAAACUUGGUAGCAUCCAAUCUGACUCAUUUGAAAGUAAAAAGUUGCCAUAAGCUGUCAUAUUUGUUCACAUCCUCAACCGCCAAAAGUUUGGGUCAACUGAAAAGAAUGGAGAUAAUAAGGUGUGAAUCAAUUGAAGAGAUAGUGUCUAAGGAGGCGGAGGAAUCAGAGGAGGAUGAGAUAACAUUUCCGCAGCUCAGUUAUUUGAUUCUUCAAAGUUUAUGGGAUAUGAGAAGGUUCUACGAAGGGAAUUUAAGUUUUCCGGCAUUGGAGGAAUUGUCAGUAAGAUAUUGCAACAGGCUGAUAACUUUAUGUGCAGGUACAGUAAAAGCAGAGAAGUUGUCCCGUGUGAAAUUUAAGGACGUAGAUGACGAUGGUGAGUUGUCAAAGGGUAUUCCAUUGGAAACUGAUGUCAACUCUACUAUGCGGAAGGAAUUUACGAGAGAGGCUGCGUAUUUGGAAUGGCGUCUUGAAUUCAUAGAUAGAGCAGACCUACAAGAGAUAUGGAUUGUGGCACUGCAGAUCCCUGACCUUCGCUUCACAUACUUGAAGACCUUGAUUGUGGACGGGUGCAGAUUUUUAUCCCAUGUACUUCCCUUCAGUUUACUUCCUUUAUUACCUGUAUUGGAAACAUUGGAAGUUCGAAACUGUGAUGAUGUGAAAACCAUAUUUGAUGUCAAAUGUAUAACACAAGACACAGAAAUGGCAUCUAUGGGACCAACCCUCCGACUUUCCCUCAAGUAUUUGAUUUUAUCCAGGCUAUCAAAGCUAGAGAAUGUUUGGAAUGAAGAUCCUGAUGGAAUUCUAAGCAUGCACCAUCUACAACAAAUACAUAUUGAAGGUUGUGAUGGCCUUACAAGUGUGUUUCCGGCAUCAGUAGCCAAAGAUGUUGUGAAACUUGAUGAACUAGUUGUGAAUGACUGUAAGGGAUUGAUGACAAUUGUAGCAGAGGAUAAUAAUACAGAUCCAAGCGGAACAAAAGGAGAGCUCACAUUCUCCUGUCCCUGUGUGAGGUCAUUGGAACUACGGGGUUUGCCCAACUUCAAGUGUUUUUACUACUGCUCACGGCAAUGUGACAUUUUUACGAAUCUAGAAUCAUACACCGAGAAUCAAAUCCGUACUGAAAAGUGCCUGUCAGUGGGUGCAAAUGGAGUGGAUAUGAUUUUGCAUCCAGAAUUUCAGAGAAUCCUCUUAGACAACUUAAAAGUUCUUACUCUCUGCUGUUGGAUUGAGUCGGAUGUAUUUCCAUAUGAAAUUCUACAACUGGUGCCCAAUAUAGAGAAGCUUGUGGUAUGUGAUGGUUCUUUCAAGGAGAUAUUCUGUGGAAGUGGUAAUAAAGUGAAUUAUAGUAGACUUCUACUACAUCUCAAAGUAUUACACUUGGAGUCCCUUGGAGAUCUGGUUUCCAUUGGGUUAAACUUGAAUGGAGAUAAUGAACUGUAA